AGAACUUUAGCUCGAAAUCGCUCCCUCCCGGGCGAACCGAUUCUGAAAUCGUCGUCGCAUUGUCAUCCAUUUCCCCGUGUUUUUAUUGCAUCACUUUCUUCUCUUGAGGCCUUGGACGGGUCGCAAAGCCGCAGAGAAUCGGACAACGAUUCGAGACGAUAUCGUGUCGCUCGAGCUGGGAGAACGCAAGUUAGCAUUUCUCGAGCGGUGGGUACCGAACUGCCGAGGCGUCCGCAAAACAUCUCGAGCUGGGCAAGCUUGUCAAGUGUCGGACAAUUCGCCAACAGUUCAUCGUCACGAGUCGUCGCUUGCGUUGCCCGGAAUUGUGCUCGGCGCGUGGAGUAUUUUUAUUGAAUUUUCGAGCACAUCGCGAUCGCACCCUCGUGAAAAACAAAACUGUGCCAACUUUGUCAGUUUCGUGGAUUUCUUUUCAAAAUUUUUUUCCGGCCGUGUCGCAUGUUUCGUUCACUAAAAUUACUUAAAAAUAUCAAAAGACGAAUUUGCGGCCCCAUCCCCGUCUGAAACCGGAAGUAUCGUUGCUUUUAGAAGGAAAAAGAGUAGCAAAUCGGAUUCCAGUUCCAAAUUACUCCCAUCAACUCCAGUUAACGCCAAAUUCUUACACGUAAACAGCAAGGAAGUGCGUCCGAAGUCUGCUCGAGCCAGGCAACCACCACUCAUCAGUGUUUUUAAGUCGCAAUUUAUUCUAUCGCGAAAUACAGAAAAAUACUCGAAUCCAUUCUGACGUCGCUCGACCGUGUUGGUGUCGUGUCGCAGCUUCGGCCUGUGUCCGCGGUGAUAUAAUUUCUCCUCUGCCAACGACUGGCUUUGUUGCAGUGGGUUCUCACGUCGACAAAACAACGCAGUUGAGUUCAAAGAACGUGGUGGCCUAGAGUUCGCGGCAGCUAAAAGUUAGUGUCUCACCGUUGUCUGACGUUCCUGGAUCACCUGUUGCCCGAAACCUGGUUGUGAACGCUCGUUUGGAAAUCCGAAAGGGAUCGGACUGCGCAGCAUGCGUGUGGUACGAAACAGCCUGACAAUCGGCCGCUUGGCCGCCCAGGCAAAUUGGUGCACUUUUGCACGAUCCGGCCUCAUCUGUGUUGUUUCAUCACAUCCGAAAACUUGCAGUCGACUUGCAAAUACGCGCCACUUACACAUAACAUCAAUCUGUGAUAAAUCGAAAGAUGCCUCAUCCACGGGUGGCGGAUCGACCACCUCUUCAGGUGGUGGCAAGGAACCUCCAAAUAAAAAGAACUCCCUAUCCUGUCCGAAAUGCGGUGAUCCAUGCACACAUGUCGAAACAUUCGUCAGCUCAACACGAUUUGUAAAGUGCGAGAAAUGCCAUCAUUUUUUCGUAGUUUUAAGUGAAGUAGAUUCCAAGAAAACAGUUAAAGAAGAAGCGAAAGGACAUCGUAAACCACCGCCGCCUCCUAAAAAAAUUAUGGAGUAUUUGGACAGACAUGUGGUAGGCCAGGAGCUUGCCAAGAAAGUAUUAUCUGUUGCUGUAUACAAUCACUAUAAGAGAAUCUAUCAUAAUUUACCGCCACCAUCCAAUAAUCCUCAACAAACGGAUGCCAUGGGUCGUUCUGAUCUACUUCAUAUAUCGGGCAUUGGACACACUAUCAUGAGCUCGCCUCCAUCAGAAGUGCCAAGACCCCCGCUGAACCCUCCUCAAAAUCAAAAUCCUGGCUCGGAACUGCUUGAUAAGCAAACACAUGAGUUGAAAUUGGAAAAGAGUAACAUAUUGAUGCUGGGCCCAACUGGUUCCGGAAAAACACUCAUUGCACAGACAAUCGCUAAAUGUUUGGAUGUUCCUUUUGCAAUUUGUGACUGUACGACCUUAACACAAGCUGGCUAUGUUGGCGAAGAUAUUGAAAGCGUAAUUGCAAAACUUUUACAAGACGCAAAUUAUAACGUUGAACGAGCCCAGACCGGAAUUGUUUUCUUAGAUGAAGUUGAUAAGAUCGGCGCAGUACCAGGAAUUCAUCAGCUACGAGAUGUUGGUGGCGAAGGUGUACAGCAAGGUAUGCUUAAAAUGCUCGAGGGUACAAUAGUAAAUGUGCCCGAGCGAAAUUCACCACGAAAGUUGCGCGGUGAAACAGUUCAAGUUGAUACCACAAAUAUACUAUUCGUCGCAUCUGGAGCAUAUACCGGUCUAGAUCGUUUGAUUGCCCGGCGGUUAAAUGAAAAGUAUCUAGGUUUUGGUAUGCCGUCAAACAAUUCAGAAGGUCGAAGAGCAGCACAAGCUUCAGCAGCGCCCAUGGAUAAUGAUCAAGCAGAAAGAGAUGUUUGCUUGACCAAAGUGCAGGCUAGAGAUUUGGUUGAAUUUGGAAUGAUUCCUGAAUUUGUUGGCAGAUUUCCUGUUCUCGUUCCUUUCCAUAGCCUCGAUGUAAAUAUGUUAGUAAGGAUAUUGACUGAACCGAAAAAUGCCCUCGUCCCACAAUACCGUGCAUUACUGGGAAUGGACCAGGUCGAUCUCACUUUCACAAAAGAAGCUCUGGUCGCGAUAGCACAACAAGCUAUGGAACGACAAACAGGUGCUAGAGGAUUACGCGCUAUAAUGGAAACUCUCCUCUUGGAUCCCAUGUUUGAAGUGCCCGGAUCCGAUGUUAAAACCGUUCAUAUAACCGACGAUUGUGUGAAGGGCUCUUGCGCUCCACAAUACAUGCGAAGAACAGCUACAUCAUCAACUGGCACAGCGUCGAAUGAUCCUGCUCCGACAACCACAUCCAACACACCCGAGGAAGAAGAAAGCAGUACUAAAGUGCGGCUGACGCAAUGAACCCAAGAGAAAUCAAUUUAACUCGCAAAUUGAACUACUUGUUACUUUCUUUCUCUAAAUAUUAAACAAAUAAACCAAUUUAGAUUAGGACUUGAAAUUGUGUUUCAAAAAACGCAAAAAAUAAAUGAAACAUUUUGAAAAACGCAACCAUUUAGAGUGUAGGGAACUCAAUGUCGUGGUGGCGCAAUUUUGCGUGUGAUGAGGAUUUUAUGUUAUUCAAACAACAAUUUGACUUUCGUGGAAGGAGUAGGAAGACGUAGACUUGACUUUGACGUUAAACGAAGUUACGAUUAAAAUAAAUACAAAAUAAUGAAAUUAUCUAAACGAAAUUGUACGUGUAAAUGAUAUGAAAGUAUAAUUUCUCUAGGUUUAGUGACUUCCUAGGUAUCUAAAGUAAAUUUUAAAAUUAAUAAUAUAUGCUUGGUAGUUUCAGGAAAAGUACGCAUUCGUAUGUGAUAUGAAGUAUAAAUUGAGAAAAAAACUGAACAUAUUUGCAAAUUAAAUGGAAUAUUUGAAAUAUCCCGAA